AUCUCAUAAUCACUGUCGUCAUGUUAAGUACGGGAAACGGAAGUAGGGCAGUUCUAUUACAGGAAGUUCGGAAAACUAUUCAAAUAGUGGCAGUGGUAGAAGAGUAGAAGUAGAGAUUUUAUCGUAAAAGACUGUCUGUGAGCCGGUCUCAUGUUUUUAUAAGCUAUCCUUUUGCCGGAGGAUGAUAGCUCUUAAAGUUGGCUAUGUGCCGCUUGAGCAUAAAGAAUUCUCGAUUGAAUUAGAGCUUACUUCGUGGCGAUCAAGACAUUGAAUGUAAUCAACAUACUUUUUCAUACGAACUUUGGUGUCAAAUUUUAUUGUAUUUAUAUAUUUGACACUACUUCUGUGACAAUAUCAUCGUCAUUAACCAAAGCAGCUGUGCUCUUCUUUUGACGAUGAGAAAGCAUUUAAGGUAUCGAUUGCUCAUGGUUGCAGUUAUCUUAUUUUCAUGGUGUAUAUUCUUCUAUCAAUGGAUAAACAACACAAAUUGCCCUUUAGAUCAAGAAGGGCCAAGAGCCGCAGAGAAAAGAUACGAGGAAAAAAUCCCUGAACUUGAAUCGAGAUUGCUAUCUGCACAACAAGGGAUGGAAAACUUGGAGAAAGAAGUCCACAAAUUACAGAAAACAUUAAGACAACGCGAGCUGAUGUCAUCUGAAAUCAAUCUUAACAUGACAGAAUUGACUGGGGAUUGUGAGACUCUCCAUGUUGCCGUCGUUUGUUCUGGCUUCUCCACAAGUCGUCAAGUUGUUAUCCUCAUAAAAUCUAUUUUGUUCUACCGCCGAAAUCCUCUUCACUUCCAUUUUAUUUCUGACGCGACGGCGAUAACUAUUCUUACUACGCUUUUCGAAUCCUGGAAUAUACCACUCGUCAACAUUUCAUUUUACUCAGCUGAAGCUAUGAUGAAAGAAGUUUCUUGGAUUCCAAACCGACAUUAUUCCGGUGUCUACGGUCUUCUGAAAUUGACUUUGCCACAUCUUUUGUCUGAGGCGAUAGAAAAGGUUAUCGUUUUGGACACAGACAUUAUCUUUGCCAGCAACAUAGCCGAGCUCUGGGAACUGUUUUCAAGACAAACUGGCGAACAGUGCGUUGGUCUUGUCGAAAAUCAGAGCGAUUGGUAUCUGGGAAAGCUUUGGAAAAACCAUAAGCCAUGGCCAGCUUUGGGCCGUGGCUUUAACACGGGUGUUAUGUUGUUGGAUCUUUUCAAGUUACGAAAAUUGAACUGGAAGUCGAUUUGGAGAUUGACUGCCGAACGAGAGCUGACCACAUUUUUAGCAACGUCACUUGCAGAUCAGGACAUUUUCAAUGCUGUGAUAAAGCGCCAUCCUCAUCUCGUUCAAAAGCUUCCUUGUGCUUGGAAUAUCCAACUUAGUGAUAAUAUGAGACGUACGUUGAUCGACAAUUGCUACGCCGAAGUAUCAAAUCUGAAGGUGAUUCAUUGGAAUUCACCAAAGAAACUCAAAGUAAACAAUUCUCAUGCAGAAUUUUUAAGAAAUCAUUAUUUGACGUUUCUUGAAUACGACGGAGAUUUAUUAAGAGGAAGAUUGUUCAGCUGUUUAAAAGCCGACAAAGCGAGAUCAUCUAUUCUUAAAACUCUAGAUGAAGACGACCCAUGCUACAUUGUGCGUCGUGAGAGACUGCUGACCCGUAGGACUCACUUGUACUAUCUUGAUUACGAGUUCACUAAACAUGAUGAAUAUGACGUCACGUUAGUUGCUCAGUUGUCGAUGGAUCGACUUCAAAUGAUCGAAGCAAUAUUCAAGCAAUGGUCAGGUCCUAUAAGUUUCGCUUUGUAUCUCUCUGAUGCGGAAGCAAGACAGUUCCUGGACUACGCUCAGUUUUCAUAUGUUUUGAACUCUAGAAAGAAUGUUGCUUACCACUUAGUUUUCAAAGAAGGGACGUUUUAUCCCGUAAAUGCUUUACGCAACGUGGCACUAUCUCAAGUAAAAACGCCAUACGUGUUCCUCUGUGAUAUUGAUUUUCUUCCUGUCACAAGUCUCUACGAUUAUCUCAGAAAAAUGAUCCGACAAACUGACAUGAAUAAAAAGGCAUUGGUUGUCCCAGCGUUCGAGACCCUUCGUUACAAAAUGUCUGUGCCAAAGACAAAGGCAGAACUCCUCUCGAAGAUGGACGAGGGUUUGUUGUAUACAUUCAGAUACCAUGUGUGGCCUAAAGGGCAUGCGCCCACGAAUUACGGGAAAUGGCGGACAGCGAUCAAACCAUACAAGGCUCUUUGGGAAGAAGAUUUCGAACCGUACAUUGUUGUGAAGAAAGAUGUUGAGAAAUAUGAUUCACGAUUUAUUGGUUUCGGUUGGAACAAAGUCUCGCAUAUCAUGGAGUUAGCUGUUCAAGGCUAUGAGUUUUUUGUUCUUCCUAAUGCCUUCAUUGUUCAUCUUCCUCAUGGUCCGUCGUUUGACAUUGCGAGACAUCGCAACAUUAAACAAUACCGAAGUUGUAUGAACGUUUUAAAACAAGAGUUUUUAAAAGAUUUGAAAGGAAAAUAUGGCGAGAAGAAGGUUGAUGAAGUUGUCAACAUGUAUUAAAGCAAAGCAUGUCUUAUAAGAUCUUUUAUAUGGAUCCCGUGGCAUUCCUGUCGUAUCAUGUGAGAGACAUGUGAUCGAGGAGGUUUAACGUUUGGUUUAUCCGUAUUCUUCGCCAUUAUACAUGACUGGGCGUGUUCGCUUUUUGGAGAAAAAUAAUUUUGCUGCUGUUAUCAUCGUUCGAUAUAUUUAACGAAAGUUAUAGUUGCGGUGACAUCUCAACGAUGUCACUUCAACUGUCGACGUGAUAAAAGCAAAAUCCUGAAAAAUAGGAAGGUUUAAAAUAUUUAACAUCCAACGAACAUCCACCAAAUGGCUUCUCUUGGUCUUAAUAUCACCGGGCCGGCCCUAGAAGAGUGAUUGUUGGGAUAAUUUUUGGGAUUCAUGGAUUGUAGUUUGACUUCGACUUCACCCGCUCCAUUUUCC